AUGGCUGAGGUUGCUCUGACGUGCGUGUCGGCUGAAGUUGAUGGUUCGAAGCCUCCACCCGGCAUGGCGUCCGUUGCGGGGAAGCUCCUUCAGCAGGUUCAGGCCUGCGUCUCACAAGCCACGAUGCCGGAGAAGUCCAAAGCCGACUUCGCCGGAUUCUAUGCCGGCUUCGAGUGCACCUACUCUUCCAGCCAGGACCUGGAGAGGCUGCCCCAUGAGCUGAAACGCUGGCCGUUCGAGCCG